AUGAGAGAUCGAGCAGGAGAAGAAGUGACCUCAUCCUUUAACCAGUCAUCAGUUACAAACCAGGCAGAGGUCAACGGUUUGACUAACUGUGAAUGGAACGAAACUUCGGCCCUGCCCUUCCUUAUAACGGCCUACAGUCUUGUGUUUCUGGUGGGUUUCUUUCUCAACGGCUUCGUCAUAAAGUUUUACUUCUGCCAAGCUCAGCAGAAGGCAUCCAGCAGCAUGAUGGUCUACCUGAAAAACUUGGCAGCUGCUGACUUCCUGCUCUGCCUCUGCCUUCCCAUCCGCAUCAUCCACUACGCCAGCAGCUCUUUCACCAUUCGCGUAAUUAACUGCAACUUUGGCGCCUCCGUCCUCUUCCUCAAUAUGUAUGCCAGCAUCAUGUUCAUGGGCUACAUUUCCGCUAACAGGUAUCUGAAGGUCGUCCAACCUUUAGGAACUCACAUCAUGCAGACGGUGCGGGCCGCUCACAUCAUUUCCACGGUAACCUGGGUUGUCCUCCUGGCUGUGACGAGCGCCUUCGUUAUCCUGUCGUUUAACACCCAGGAACUUUUGACCUCCGCCCCAGUGCGCUGUGAAACCUUACACAGUGGACAGCUCACCGUGCUCUUCAAGAUUGUCCACACUUGCUGCACCACCUUGUUCCUGUUUGUCCUAGUCUCCAUGGUCUUCUUCUACUACAGCACCUCGCGCAGGGUGUCGCUGGCCCAGCAGAGGCAGCCGGAGUCCUCCAGCUCCACAAAACUUGCAAAGUCACACAGAAACAUAUUAGUGCUAGUCUGUGUCUUCUGCUUUUGCUUCAUCCCCUACCACCUGGUUCGUCUUCCACAGGUUUUCCUGGGGGGGCACUGUUUGUCAAGCAAAGUGCUCUACUACUUGAUAGAGCUGACCAUCAUCAUGUCAGUUCUUAACGUCUGCCUGGACCCAAUCAUCUACUUCAUCCUCUGCAAGGGGUUCAGGACCCAGCUAAGGCUGGGAUUGGUGUGUGGAACCUCAUAA